AUGCCAGACAGCUGGAAUGCAUCAGCAGACAGCGUGGAAGCACGAACUGCAGGCAUUAUUGUGCCAGUGGUCUUCUCCCUCAUCUUCCUCCUGGGUACAAUAGGGAAUGGCUUGGUAUUGGUCGUGUUGCUACGUAAUGGGCAAGUGAAAUACAACACUACCAACCUGUUCAUCCUCAACCUGGCUGUGGCAGACCUAUGCUUCAUCAUCUUCUGUGUGCCCUUCCAGGCCACUAUCUACACCCUGGAUGGAUGGCUCUUUGGUGCCUUUGCUUGCAAGGCAGUGCACUUCCUCAUCUACCUCACCAUGUAUGCCAGCAGUUUCACCCUGGCAGCUGUCUCUGUGGACAGGUAUCUGGCUAUUCGAUACCCACUGAAAUCCAGGGACCUCCGUACGUCUCGCAACGCAGCUCUUGCCAUUGUACUCAUUUGGACACUAUCGCUGCUUUUUGCAGGACCCUAUCUCAGCUACUACCAAAUAGUCCACUAUCAGGAGAUGCCAAUCUGCAUCCCUAUUUGGGAGGACCAACGCCGGAAGAUCUUGGAUAUCCUCACCUUUGUAUUUGGCUAUGUCCUCCCUGUAUUUGUUGUCAGCCUGGCUUAUGCUAGGACCAUUAAGUUCUUGUGGACCUCUGUAGACCCCAUUGAGAGAAUCUCAGAGUCCCGGAAAGCCAAGCGCAGGGUCACCAAGAUGAUUGUUGCUGUGGCUGUUCUCUUCUGCCUGUGCUGGCUGCCUCACCACUUGGUCAUCUUGUGCUUUUGGUUUGGCUCUUUUCCUUUCAACCGAGCCACCUAUGUUUGUCGCCUGGCUUCCCACUGCCUGUCCUAUGCUAAUUCUUGCCUCAACCCGAUUGUCUAUGCGCUUAUCUCCAAGCAUUUCCGUAAGCGAUUCAAGCAGGUCUUCACAUGUCUUCUCAUCCAAGACAGGAACAGAAAGAAGCAAGAUGGUAACAAGGUUCAUGUGGCCAAUGUGGCCAAUGGUUUAGUCAACCAUAUGGGGGGGUUCUAUGGAGGGAACACUGAGGUAACCCAACUCCAUGAGGAAAAUAUCAGGUGUUACCAGGGCCUGGUGCUGAAAGAAGCCGAAGGAGUUGUUCCUGAGGCAUGGCCUCUUAAGUUAGAAGACACUGCCUUCUCUGAUCAAUCCGGGGUGGUAGACGAAGAAGAUUUUGGAAAAACUAAAAACAACCCAGUGUCUGACACUCACAGAACUCCUCAUCAUAUGGGAGAACUUUAA